CUCAAUGUUGGUCUGGCCAACUGGUAUGUAGCAGCAACAUCAACUGUCAUACUCAUGUCUUCUCCCUUUAACCCAAAAGCAAUAAACAAAGAAAUCUGAUGCCAUUUCUGGGCUAUCAAGCCAGAACAGACCAUGCCCAAUGAAAUGACUUCUCCAUUAGCUCACAGGUCUUCAGGACUUGUUAGGACACCAGGCAAUGCCCAAGGCUGCAUUGACAAUGCAAGUGAUGUGCCAAGCAUAGCCAUUGCACAGCUGGUCCAUGAGCUUGGGAGCAUGCUGCAAAGCCAUGCUCCAGACCCCCCAGCAAUGACUGGAGUGGAUAGAAUAGUGCAUGCAGAGGAUGAUGGUUUUAUGAAGCCAUGUUCACCUGCUUGUAGUAAUGUUUUGCUAGUCCUGAUGUCUGUCUUGUUAGACCAGAAUAGGUGGCCUGCCUGGAUGUGCAACGAGUCUGAAGUUAUUACUAAAAAUGAAGAUGAACCUAGCCCUAAGGUUUUGUGGUCAGAUCUUGUUGAGAAUGAUGAAGAAUUAAGGAAAGUCAUACUGCAGUGGUUUGGGAAUCCAGUGGUCAUGGACAAGAAUGACCAGCCUGAAAUUAUGAAACAUGGUCAAAGUGUUUCAGAUGCAAGCAUACUGAGAUUCACUGCAGAGGUGAAAGGAAAAUGGAAAGUGCCUGCCCACAGUGAAACUUCAGAAGAACAUCCUGUAGAUGUUAAUAUUCAACAUUCCAUCUUGGAACAAGAAGAACAAGAUGAGAAUACCAGAAACAUGAUCAUGAAGCUGAAGGAGGCCAGCCUGGUCAAGCAGCUCAAUAGUGCUGAGGCUUUGAUCUGUGAACAGCAAGCAAUCAUUGAAUCAUUCAAGCAUUGCAUGAAACAUGAGUCCAUAAAUCUGGGACCAUCAGGACUCAGCAUCAAGCAGAAGGAACGUGUGAACCGGACAGAUGAGAAUAUUGGCUCAACUGAACCAAAUAACACAAAUGCUACAAAGUACUAUUCUACCAGUAGCAUGAAACCUGUUAAAUGA